AUGCCUGCAAAAGACGGCCUCGAAAAUAUCAUCCAUGGCGUCGAGAAGCGAGGAUUCGGGGAACCCAUCCCGAAGGGAGGCCAAGUCGAACCCGGUGGCCAGCAAAUAAAUGGCCUUCCUCGACCGAGGACCGUGAUUGCCGGUGACAGAGGGGUUGGAGUUGGGCUUGGUGAAAAGAUGAAGAAGUGGGUUGUGCGGUUCUUUUUACAGGCCACUUUCACCGUCUCCCCAAAGAGCACAAAGGGCAGCCACAAAGAGAGUCACGAGAGUUCUGUAUUUGAUCCGCUGGGCAUCUGUCCUGAUGGAUUAUCAAAUUUAACAACUGCAUGGGAAAGUGCUCUCGAAUACUUUGUUCCAACACUCAGGAGUUCCUCAGGCACCAAAAAAGAGAAAUCUUCGUCCUCGCGAGGAGUGGCAGCUGCCAUAGAAGAUACCAGCAUCGAUAUUGGGGAUUUCUUCAAGGGCCCACUGCCCGGAAAAUUUCUCAAGCUUUUGGGAUUUUUGGCCUUGUCACGACUUGGAAUAUACGUACCCCUCGGUGGUGUGAAUCGGGAGGCUUUUGUUGGUAAUCUGGAUCAAAACAGCCUGUUGGGAACUCUGGAUUCGUUUUCUGGUGGUGGUAUUGGUCGGCUCGGAAUAGGGUCUCUUGGUAUUGUGCCCUUUAUCAAUGCACAGAUAGUUUUUCAGCUUCUGACUCAAAUAUACCCAAAGCUGCAAGAACUGCAAAAAAGGGAAGGUGAGGCUGGAAGAAAGAAAGUCCUGCAGUAUACUCGUUAUGCUUCGGUUGGAUUUGCUGUAGUGCAGGCAAUUGGUCAAGUAUUCUACCUUCGUCCUUAUGUCAACGACUUCAGUACUCAGUGGGUUCUCUCUUCUGUUAUUAUGCUGACUCUUGGCUCGGUUUUCACUACUUACAUUGGGGAAAAAAUUACCGACUUGAAACUUGGAAAUGGAACAUCCCUUUUGAUCUUCACGAAUAUCAUCUCCUAUUUGCCUGCAUCAUUUGGAAGGACUGUUGCACAGGCAUUUCAAGACGGUAACUAUAUUGGGCUUGCCGGCAUCAUUGUUUCCUUUUUUCUGCUGGUCCUUAGCAUCGUCUAUGUUCAGGAAGCAGAGAGGAAAAUCCCACUUAAUUAUGCAUCAAGAUACUCUAGUGGAGCUGGUGGGCUUUCGAAAUCUGCUUACUUGCCCUUUAAGGUGGUAAAUAGUUCUGGAGUGAUGCCAAUCAUCUUCUCCACUUCAUCUUUGGCUCUUCCAGGAACUCUUGCACGAUUUACCGGUAUUAGUUUUCUGAAGCAAGCUGCUGUUGGUCUAAAUCCUGGGGGUUCAUUAUACUUGCCGACAAACAUUUUGAUGAUAGCCUUCUUCAAUUAUUACUACACGUUUUUGCAAUUGGAUCCCGAUGAUGUCAGCGAGCAGCUAAAGAGGCAAGGCGCCUCUAUCCCACUCGUCCGACCUGGAAAAAGCACUGCUAUUUUCAUCAGAACGGUUCUAAGCCGGAUUUCAGUUUUGGGUUCGGCAUUUUUGGCUUUACUUGCUGCGGGUCCAGCUGUGAUUGAACAAGCCACACACCUCACGGCUUUCAGGGGUUUUGCCGGCACGUCUGUUCUCAUUCUUGUCGGUUGUGCAACCGAUACGGCUAGAAAAGUCCAGGCUGAGAUCAUCUCACAGAAGUACAAGACAAUAGAGUUUUAUGAUGCUGACAAGUACUGA